AUGUCAUUAUUUCAUAUUCAUGAGUGGCUUGGCUUGGAUCUUAGCGAUAUAUCCACAUUUGCUGUCGGUAUUCUUAUCGAAAGCAGAGAUCAAAUUGUUAUGGGUAGCCUGGAUGGAUGGAUUCGAAUUAUCGAUCCAGGUCGAUUCAUUGAUUCUCGCCAACAACUGAGUUGCUUACUUGAACAAAAAGUAAGCGAUUCGAUGAAUUCAAUAAUUCAAAUUGCUAUUGCAAAAUUUAUCGCUAGCGAACAACAAAAUUUUAUAGCAGUUCUUUUUUCACAAAAAAUUGCCAUCUUUCGACUAAUUGUUGACGGUGAUAUAUUUCGUCUUAAUGCGCUUUAUGAACACGAACUUGAAACUAUUGCUUUUAAUAUGUGUACCAUAGGUUUUGCUCGUUCUUCAACGACAAAGAUUUGUAUUCAAAGCAUAAAUUGUUCGUUAAUGGUUUAUGAAGCUGAGCAUCAAUUAUUUAGUCGAAAUCUACCAACUUUAAUCUAUCCAGGUCCUAUAAAAUACGCUUCACAAUCUGAUUCGAUUAUAAUCACCUCAGGCGAGUUAUGGAUUAUCCGGCCUGUUCAUUUCGAUUGGUCUUUUAAUCUGGGUGAUUGGCCUAUCGAUCUAUAUACGAUAGAUAUUGUACCGGUGCAACCAUCCAUCAUUGUCUUGUGUAAGCAUACUCUUCUAUGUCUAACUCUUGGUGGUACUUUAAGAUUUUCGAUUCGCUUACAGUAUACAGCUACGGCUCUCCUUGUGUAUAAUGCAACGUAUGAUGCUUAUAUACAAUUUUGUAUUGCCUCGAGUAAUAGUACUCUACUCUUUUACGCCGAUAAUAUAUCAAUUUGGGCAGCACAUGCAUUAGCAAAUCCUAUCCAACUUGGCCUUUGCACAGCUGGGAAUACUCAUCGCUCAAUGUUGGUGAUUUUAUCAGAAAAUCGUUUAUCCAUAGGUUAUCUUGGUACGGAACCAUCAUUAUUUUGCUUACCAGCUUCACAGACUCGUUUCAUCGAUUUCGAAGAAAGACAAAAAGAACUUGCUCAACUCGAACUAUCCAUUCGAAAAAAGAAUCCAGAAGCAGGCAACAAUAAUAAUUUUGAAUAA